GGCAGCGGUGAGUGGUGAGAGAUAAUCCUCGGCUCGACCACAGACACACUACAGGGCUGAGCUGCCUCUGGAUCUGGAUGCGGGCAUCCUUGGAUUCUGCUCUUAGCACGGGCCCACUGCACGAAAACUUAUCGGGACAACAAUGGUGCACGCCUCGGCGGCUGAAUACGUAGCUGCUGGUCGUUUAGGGGACCGGGGAGUGUGGUCAAUGUGACAUUCACUUGCACGCUGGCGUUGAGUUUAUUGUUCUGGUCCUAGACGCAGAGCAGCGAUCCCUCCCGAGAAGAUGUUGAGCCGAUUCAUGAGUGGCAGCAUCAGGAAUCUUGAGCGGGAAUACAGCUGCACCGUCAGACUGCUGGAUGAUACGGAAUAUACUUGCACCAUUCAGCGGGAUGCUAAGGGACAGUAUCUGUUUGACCUCAUCUGCCAUCACCUCAACUUGCUGGAGAAAGACUAUUUUGGCAUCAGAUAUGUGGAUCCAGACAAGCAGCGGCACUGGUUGGAGUUCACAAAAUCAAUUGCAAAGCAAAUGAAAUCUCAGCCUCCGUUCACCAUGUGUCUGAGAGUCAAGUUCUACCCUCCUGAUCCCGCUGCUCUCAAGGAGGAAAUCACUCGGUAUCUUGUCUUCCUGCAAAUCAAGAGAGACCUCUACCACGGUCGGCUCCUGUGUAAAACCUCGGAUGCGGCCAUGCUGGCUGCCUACAUCCUUCAAGCCGAGAUCGGUGAUUACGACCCUGGAAAGCAUCCUGAAGGUUAUAGCUCCAAAUUCCAGUUUUUCCCUAAACAUUCAGAGAAGCUGGAGCGACGGAUUGCAGAUAUACACAAGACAGAGCUGAUUGGACAGACACCUGAAACAUCAGAGCGAAAUUUCCUGCAGAAAGCCCAGAUGCUGGAGACAUAUGGUGUUGAUCCACAUCCAUGCAAGGAUGUGUCUGGGAACCCAGCUUUCCUCGCCUUCACACCGUUUGGUUUUGUGGUGCUUCAGGGAAACAAGAGAGUUCAUUUUCUCAAAUGGAACGAGGUGACCAAGCUGAAGUUCGAAGGCAAGACGUUCCACAUAUAUGCAAAUCAGAAGGAGGACCAAAAGAUCAUCUUGACAUACUUCGCACCCACUCCGGAGGCAUGCAAGCACCUCUGGAAAUGUGGAGUGGAGAACCAAGCUUUCUACAAGCUUGAGAAGUCAAGUCAGGUUCGCACGAUGUCCAGCAGCAACCUGUUCUUCAAGGGCAGCCGUUUCCGUUACAGUGGACGAGUGGCAAAAGAGGUGAUGGAGCAGAGUGCCAAAAUCAAACGCGAACCUCCAGAAAUACACAGCAGGGCUGGCCUUGUGCCCAGCAGAAGUUGUCCAUCCAUCACCCACGGACCUCGCCUCAGCAGUGUACCGCGCACACGUCGGAGAGCUGUGCACAUAUCUAUCAUGGAGGGUCUGGAGUCCCUGCGUGACAGUGCCCACUCUACACCAGUGCGUUCAGUGUCCCACGGGGAAUCCUUCAUGCCACGCUCCCGGAGCCAGGCCACAGACGCCAGUGAUGGGACGGCGGUGAUCUCGGACGAGGCCUACAGCCCGUCCGACAGCGUCCUGCCCACCCCGGUGGCCGAGCACAGCAUGGAGCUGACUGUGUCACGCCAGAUCAACGGGGCGCCCUGCAGCAUUGAAGAGGAGAAGGAGUCGGAGGCGGGCACCCCCAUGCACGGGGAAGGGGGUGAUUUUGGUGCGGACGGUAGAUCUGCACAGGAGGGUGCAGGGGGGGACUCGGCCCUCAGCGAGGUGGAACAGGUGAAUAAGUUUGUCUUAAGUGUCCUCCGUUUGCUCCUUGUGACCAUUGGACUCCUCUUUGUCUUGCUCCUCCUCCUCAUCAUCCUCACCGAGUCAGACCUUGACAUAGCAUUUUUACGUGAUAUCCGCCAGACCCCCGAAUUUGAGCAGUUCCAUUACGAAUACUUUUGUCCCCUCAGGCGGUGGUUUGCCUGCAAGCUCCGCUGGGUGGGCGGGUUGCUCAUUAACAAGUGAGAGUGCGGUCGUAGAGUUCGUAAGCCCGUUCGGGGGUCUGAGAAGACGGUUAGGACUCCGGAGUGAUGGAGGGCAGCCUCGUCCCAACCAUGAACCCUGCUUCUCCCAUCAUCCUCCUGCUGACAUACAGCUUGGACCACUCCUGGUAACACCGGGCCAGGAUUUCUCUUCCCCUCCUCCACUUUGAGUUACACCCCCCCCCCACUCAACCACCUCCUCUUUUUGCUUCUUUUCUUCUUUUUUCUUUUCUUUUUUUUUCUACAAAGGCAGAGGACAUUUUUUUGCGUUUUGUUUUUGUUUGUUUUUUUCAAGUCAUUUCAGGUAUUUUAUUUUUUCAAAUAACACAAAGGAAAAAAAUUAAAACUGAAAUCAAAGAACUGAAGAAUUUUAAACAGUUCCUUUUACAGGAACGGUAGAUUUUGUUGCAACGGAUGAAUGUUGCCUUCAUUUAUUAUUUAUUGCUUUUAAACAUAUAUUUGCAUAAGAGAAGGAGGCGAGAUGAUGAACGGUAAUCGAGGAAGUUGAUUUGUCAUUAAAAGAUGGAAGUGAGUUAGGUUAGAGUCGAUAGGCCUACUGCAGUGAAGUAUAUGUGAGGCAAAGUAGUAUAAAAUCUUUUGAUACUGAUCCAUGCCCAUCAGAAGUCAGCUAGACAAACAGCAGAUUCACGUCAUCAGAGAAAACAGAACAAUCUGAAGGGAAUGAUAGUGAAGGUUGGUGAAACAGGAGAGAGACAGGGUGAUUACCAAAUGCCUUUUUUCAGAGGAUGUCGAUGACUGUUGGCAGAUUUGAUUUUUGUGGAUUGUUUUAAGACACAAUUACACUUUAGUAUACAUUGGUGUACAAAGUAAACUGGUGAAGAUCAGAGUUGUUUUUCUAACGUUUUAUAAGGAUACAGUAAAAUAAACCAGUACCAAUAGUGUUAUGUGAGCCAGUAGUGUCAGAUGCGGUUAGAGAUAUAUUCAUGAAGAGCAAAGAUUCACUGGCACCAAUAGAUAAUAGUCUAGAUAGAUGUGCAAUGCUCAUAUGGUUUUAAUAAUUAAGUACUUUUUAAUGUGCACAUUUGUUCAGUUGUUCUGUUAUUUCUCCAAUUAAUUUGAUUUGCAUUUUCUCAUCAAGUUGAAAUUCGAUGAAUUUCAAUUAUUUCUUUAUAUGAAGAGUUUAUGAUUUAUUUUGGUUUCAUAUCAACCAUGCUCUUAGGUUUAUGUAUCAUACUAUAUUAUUAUUAUUACUAGAAUAAGAGUAAUGAUGUACUUUUUGUACAAAUUAGUUUGUUUCCUAAUAUAUAUUGACAGGUUUUCCAUGUAUAUUUUAACAGAACUGAAAUGUUAUUUUGUUAUUGAAGAUUAAAUUAUACCUUUUUUAGCGCUGUGUUUCAAGUAAGGUCAGAAGCAUUCAUGGCAAUGUGGAUGGGGGGGACAAAACAAAACAAACAAAAAAAAAAACAAAACAAAAAAAAAAACAGGGUUUUUAUCCAGAUCCACUCAACACUGAUCACAACUGUCAUCACUCCACCAGCAGUGAAUCAGCCUUCAACGUACAUGCAGUUUAAAACAUGUAUUUGUGCAGAAUAAAAUCUGCAGAUAUCAUUGUACCACCACAAAUACCAAAUAAUCCAAAAAUACAUUUUCACCUUUCAUAACUUUACCAUAUCUUAUUGUACUUGAAGAGUCUGUAGAGACGACUGUGAGCCUGACCGGUACUGGAUCUGCACCAAACAGUAAAAACCUGUUCUUUGACCCAUGGCCUAACUUCCCACUAAAAUUCAUUUAAACAUGUUAAAACAAAACUAAAGCUGAAAUGAUUAGUUUAUUGAUUGAUAGUGCUUUAACAGGCAACUAUUUUGACAAUUGAAUACUUGUCAUAUUUCAACUGCCAAACGUUUUCUGGUGUCAGCUUCUUCAGUGUGAGGAUCUUUGUAAAUUUCAUAUCUUUUGGUUUUUGACUGUCACCUUGGGUUCUUAGAAAUUAUGUUCAUUUUAUGAUCUAAACAAUUAAUCGAUUAAUCCAGAAACUAAUAGAUUAAUUGAUAAUGAAAAUAAGUGUUAGUUGCAGCAUUAAACAAAACAAUUUGUCGCUCACAAAUUAAAAAUUAACAAUUAGAUGGGACUGGAAAGGUCACCUCUUUGGUUGAGGAAACAGCGGAGUGUGCUUGACAAACUACAGUAUGUAAUGAAGACAUUUUCUGAGGUACCUCAUGCACUUUUUUCUUAACUAUGUACUUAAGUUUCUUUCUUCCCUUGAUUUUUUUUUUUAUGUCAGCCACAAUAAAAACAGAUACCAAUAUAUCUACGAUAAGCCAAUACUGGCAAAUAAUAUCUGCCCUUUGAUUUGCCGGUCAGGCUCUAGACUCCUCUGCCUCGUAGCUCCAGGGAGCAAUAACUGUCAUGGCUGUUGGAUUCUGGGUAAAAUCUGUUUUUUGUACUGAGUGUCUACCUCCUGUACCAAGUGCAGGCGUAAGUGUUAGUGUGUUCGUAUGUAGGAAUCAAAACAAGAUUCAAGGUGAUCGCGGUGGAUGUUUAGACAGAGAAGAGUAAAAAAAAAAAAAAAAAGGUAAAUUUAUUAUAUUUUGCUAAAAAGGAGAAAGACUCACGGGAAGGAAAUGAGGCAUGAAAUGAGAGACAGAGGUAGAGAGAGACUGAGGGAAAUCAGAGGUUCAAAUGGGAACGGAAGGCAUUUGGUGACUCGUCACUCUAAUGGCUGUACAGGGGUUGAUUGUGUUCGGCCUCCUAUUUCAAAUCCCACACCCUCCCCACCCCCCCUCCCCACCCCUACACCAGCACCUGCAGCUGCUCCACUGAAGGCCCAAUGGUGCUACCUUCUUUGUUUGCUCCUGUGUAAACCGAGCCUGUCAGUCCCGGGCGAAGUUGUCGCCCUGACCAGAGUAGCAUGCACUUUGGCGUUGUGGCUGGAUCCACUCUUCUAGCUCAUUAUCCUUUACAAAGCGUAGUUAUCUGUGGCGGAGGGAGCAGCACGAUGCUAGAGGGAAUAUCAAAUCAUUAGAGCUACAUUAGCAAGCAGCCUGCCAUAUACAGUAGAGGAGCUUAUUUACGUCAAGUUAAUAGUUUUUCACUUGGAUCCGUCCAGUAAAUAGCAGAUGCAAAGAUGAAGCACAUUUCUCCUAACAAGGGGUGGAGCAGGGUGGGCGGGUUGACUUUUUUUUUUUUUUUUUGUGUACAUUCAUACUUCAUAUUUAUUACUUCUUUACUGACAUAAAGGUCAACAUGACUGGCCAGUCCAGCCAGGCCGAGUUGUUAGCAGGACAUCUUUUAAAGGUCAGUCUGCAAAGGUGUUUCUCGUACAUCUAUCAGCAUUAUGUAGCUUCAGUGGUCUCUCUCUGAACAUGCAACAAUUAAACAAAAAAAAAAGGCAGCAUUAUUCAAGGAGCAAUAAUCAGCUGUAAGAGCAAAAAGAUGAUUUACAAACUUGUGUAUGAAAAUCCAACGAUGAAUAUGUCCUUUCAUGUUUCUAGAAAACCACUUACCAAAUUGCUGUUGUGCUGACUCUAACAACGAUGUGACCAUUGAGACACUUGUUGCAUUCAGUAAUAACAUUUUAUAAAAAAAAAAAAAUCAAUUGUCCUUGGAGACCUCUUGUGUGGAUGUUUGUUCUGCUGCUGUUUUCUUUGCUGUUUUCAUUGUUAAGUGACAGAUUGCUCCCUGUGCCUGGAUCCUAACUGCAGUUUACCAAAGUGGCAAAGAUGAAGGAAUGGAGACACAAGACACAACAUCCCUGUCAGUUGUACUACAGACUGCUCCAUCCCUAAAUCUCCCCAGGCCCAGAGGGAAAACGGUGUUCAUCUGUCUGAAGCUGUGAUGUAGCCCCUAAAAAAAAUCUGUCUUAAUUUGUCUUUACAGGCACAUUUUCCUGUGGCAAACCUGACUUUACAUUUACAUUUCAGUUGCUGUGUCAUGUUUACAUAUUUUACUGUUCUUUUACUUCAUGGGAGAUGGUUACAGUUUAGGUCAGGUCUGUGACUUUUGAUGAUCAAGUGUCAGCGUCAUCCAUGGUUUAUAUAUGAAAAACAGAUAAUCCAUCCGUCCCUGAAAAGCAACAGUGAAGGUACAGCCAUGCAAAGUACAUAACGGGGGAUGGACUCAAUAACAGAAACACCUGCAUGGUGUAAAGUAAUACCUCACAACAACUAAGCAACAAUAAACUUGUGAUCAAUUCUAAGUUUUGUCAAAGAUUUGUUGGGAUAAUUUUUGAGGUUGUAGUUUGUGGUGAUAUUGUAACUGUGAGGUGUUCUUGUUAUUUUGUCUACUCCCUGUGUCUUGCUACAUAUUUCAGCAAUGAUCAGAUUAUCAGUCUCAAAAAACAAUUAUUAAGGACUUUAUCAAAGAUUAUCACUGGCUGUCCUUCAAACAUAUUUUUUUUUGGGUUUUUGUUGAUAUUUAUCUGAUGAAAAUUAAUUACACAACCAAAUUAGAUGAUCUUAAUCUGGUGAUUUAGACACAAUUGGCUACUUGAAUUUCAUCCCUAGCCAAAAUCCUUAUCAUAUUAAAGUGGAUCAUGAUAGUCAUAACUGAAGACAUCUUGGUCUGCUUUUAGCCCCUCUGCCAACUCCCAGUAGACGGACCCUUACACGACCGUGUAUACACAUCAUUAAGUGUAUAUGCUUAUCCAUGUCUGGUGGUGUUAUGUUGUCUGCAUCGUUCUAUCCUGGGAUUGGAGAUUGCUGUUUAAUUACGUUAUAUAUGAAAAAAAAAAAAUAUAUAUAUAAAUCCAUGUGCCAAAUCCAGUUCUUGUUCAGUCUGAUCCAUUCCGAACCCGUUUGUACUGUAGGUAACCUUCUGUACAAGUCAGUAUAAAAUAUUGUUUCUCUCCAAUAGUCCCUUGUAACUGGUGCCAUUAAAUAAAACUAUUCAAACUUGAAAUAAACAUUGAAUAAAAUUGUGA